AGUCACUUGCCUUUUCUUUCUCCCUCCUCUAAAGUAGUUGGAAUAUUUUCUUAAACCUCAUUUGAAAGCAAAAGCUACUCACCACCGGCCCGUCUCUAUCUCUCUCAUUCUCACCUUACACAUAAAACCCACCUUUUACCUUUCCUGCUUUCCUCACAUCCUCUCGCCGGCGGCCGCCAUGCUCCAACCGCCAUCACCCAUCUCCCUUCUCUUCCUCCUCCUCCUCCUUUUCUUCUUCAUUUCCCCCAUUACCGCUGCCAAUGUCACCACUCUAUUCAAGGAGGCCCCCCAAUUCUACAACUCCCCGGAUUGUCCCUUGGUCGUCAUCGGCCAGGAAGACAGUCACGGGCUGUGCUCCGACGACGGCGUCCACGUGGCGAUGACAUUGGACACGGCCUACAUUCGAGGCUCCAUGGCGGCCAUUCUCUCCGUUCUCCAACAUUCCUCCUGCCCCCAAAACGUAAUAUUCCAUUUCGUUUCUUCCGCCUCUGCAAACGUGUCCGCUUUACGCGCCACCAUUUCCUCCUCCUUCCCUUACCUGAAAUUUCAAAUCUACCCAUUCGACGACGGCGCUGUCUCCCGUUUGAUCUCCACCUCAAUUCGCUCCGCUUUGGAUUGUCCAUUGAACUACGCCCGUAGUUACUUGGCCGACCUCCUCCCUCUCUGCGUCCGCCGUGUUGUCUAUCUCGAUUCGGAUCUAAUCCUCGUCGACGAUAUCUCUAAUCUCGCAAAUACCCAAUUAAACGACGCCGUACUCGCAGCACCGGAGUACUGCAACGCCAAUUUCACUUCCUAUUUCACUCCCACUUUCUGGUCCAAUCCCUCUCUGUCUCUCACCUUCGCCAAUCGCAACCCCUGUUACUUCAAUACCGGCGUCAUGGUCAUCGACCUCUCCCGGUGGCGUCUCGGCGACUUCACCUCUAAAAUCGAGGAAUGGAUGGAGCUUCAAAAGCGAAUGAGGAUCUACGAGCUCGGAUCUCUACCCCCGUUCAUGCUCGUCUUCGCCGGAAACAUCGUUCCCGUGGACCACCGAUGGAACCAGCACGGACUCGGCGGUGACAAUUUCCGGGGACUGUGCCGGGAUUUGCAUCCGGGUCCGGUGAGCCUGCUGCAUUGGAGUGGAAAGGGGAAACCGUGGGCCCGGCUCGAUGCGAACCGGCCGUGUCCGUUGGACGCUUUGUGGGUCCCUUAUGAUUUGUUACAGACUCCAUUUUCGUUGGACUCUUGAUCGGUUGAAGAAGCUCGUCGGAAAAGCUUUGGUUUUUAGGAUUAAAGAAGAAGACGACGGCCGUCGGUGACGGAGAAGGUAUGAUUGGCCGGAAAUAGGAAUUGGGAAAAUUAUAAUUUUUUUUUUUAACAAAAAAUUGGAAAUGUUGAAAAGGUGAAUUUUGAGAGGAAAAGAAAAAUAAUAAAGGAUAAAAGGAGAUCAAAUUUAUGUAUCUAUAACUGUUGUAUUCAAAAGUUUGUAUAGAUUUUGUUAUGAACACUCAAUUC